GGCUCUGGUUUGUGCUAGUAGAAAUGGCUUUUCUAAAUGGCUGUUCACAGCCCGUCCCUGCUCCAUGAGGCGGGCUGGCUAGUAUCACCCCAGCUGGGUGCACGCACCCUCUGGCAUUGGGGUAAAACACUUCCAUGGAUUGCUGGAUGCUCCAUUUUCCCCAUCUGCCCCCCUGGAGCGUUUUCAUUGAUAGCCUGAUUUCGUCUCUCAUGACUGGGGUGCAGAGGGGCCACUGCAGACGUACGAUCCCAACAUACUUUUCUAAGUUUGUCGGCAUUUUGCAGCCUCCUCUGGGGUGGAAUGGGCCAGUUGUGUAACGGCCACUCUGCACCAGUAAACAGUGGUUAGGGGCGAGGACGCCUCCACUGAAUCUAAUUAAACUGGAGGGGAAUGCAGGGCACCGAUGUAAUUCACCCACACCUGGAUUUAGCCCCAGGCCCAACACCUCGACUGUAGCAAAGUGCCCUGGGAUCCUUCGACAGGACCAACAGCACUAAAUAGCAGAACCUCGCCCUCUGCCCACGAAACAGAAAUCCUCGGUGAGAACACGACAGAUUUAGCAAUGGCUAAAAAUGCAGCAGUGAAACUAUGGAGCUGGGCCAGCGUCAGUGUAAACCCCCGAGCCCGGUGACAGCUGCUGCCCGAGACCUUUCUUCACAGGCUGUACCCAGAGCGAGGCAGCAACAUUCACUUCCUUGGGUGAGCCGUACCCCGCAGAGGGGGCUCUGUUCUCUGCCUUGCCCCCCGCCCCCACCAUCAACACGGAGUGCCCCUACAGCCAGUCAGUAUCUAGAGAGCCAAUGUAGGCGGGUGCCAAAGAUCGCCCUAGCAUCUGCUCUCGUAAGGUUAAUGCAUCCAUCACCCUGAGAAGCUUGUCUACAUGGCGAGUUAUUCUGGAAUAGCUGUUCCUGAUUAACUCCAUGUACGGCUGCUCUUAUUGCAGAAUAAGAGAGUCUUAUUCCUGAUUAUCUUCAUCCAUUUAGGAAGUGCAUUAAACUAAAGUGCUUUAAAUUUACACCCUAUCUUAUUCCAGAUGAACUUUCAUGUGUAGACAACCCUAAAAACGACUGUAAUCCUCAACGCUCACCAAACGCAGAAACACAGAACUUUGUAAUGUCAUCAUGGCCUGAUCCACUGUCAACGGAGAGGAAAUAGAAGCUUCUGAACGACUCCUUAAAAGGACUAAUCAGCAGUGAGAGAUCCUCUGGGUGAAAGCGACUCUGCUGGUAAGGACUCGCUGCAGAGAAACCACACGGAGCAGAGGAAGUCGUUGACCGACCAUCUCGAAGGAGUCUCUUUUCUAUCACUCGCUGUCAGAAAUUCGCCUCCGCUGUCAUCUUGGGGUGUCAAGAGCAGGGAGGGUGACAUGAAAUAUUCCAGCUAUUAACAGCGACCGGUGCAGCUGAUUCUCUCUUCUGGAACCAGAUCAUGAGGAUCUCCUUGUGUUUGCUGCUUUUCUCUGUGGUACACGGUGGAGGUUGCAAAGAAAUGGAAGUGGCUGCAAUUGCAGGGGAAUCCGUCCAGUUACUGCCAGUGAAAUUGCCAGAGCCGUGGACAGAAAUGACCUGGGAGGUUACACUAGACUCAGCAGAGACGUAUCGGAUUGUAACAUUUAAUAAAACGGGUCCCCCUAACCUUGGGUCAUCCCCACAUUUUAUCAACAGAGUCACUUUCCACCCUGAGAAUUUCUCACUGCAGAUUGAUCCCCUUAAUAAGUCAGACAGUGGCCUCUAUACCUUGCUAAUUGACACUGGAGGAGGCCAUGAAGACAUCACAAAGUUCCGUGUCUCUGUGUUUGACCGAGUCCAGCAGCCAAACCUCACGGUGCUCUCUGCCCACACGGAGCUCGGCCAGUGCAACGUUACCCUGUCCUGCUCGGUGCCCGGCGCUGACAGAGUCACCUACGACUGGUACCAAGGCACGUCCCAGAUCCCGUCUGACAGGGACCAUCAGCUCCCUGGGCACCAAUCCCUGCUGCUCGUAGUGAUUAAUGCAGACAGCAGUGACGCCUUCUACCGAUGUAACGCUAGUAACCGAGCCAGCUGGGGCGCAGACACUGUAGAUGUCAAAUCAUUGUGUGACUUCCCAGCCACAGCCCCAACUCCUGGAGUCAGGAGACAAGACUUUUUUCAGAAAGUCCCACUGUGGGCAAUUGUUGCUGCAGGGCUGGGGCUGCUGCUUCUGCUCACGGUGCUCGCCCUCAUCUUCCUCUGCAAGCAUCGGAAGAAGCGACGCUCCUGCAAAGAGGGUGACUCGCCCAUCACCAUCUACGAGGAAGUGGAGGACGCCCGCCCCAGAAGAAACGCUAACGGAAAUGCACAGAACAGAAGUGUAGGAAACACCAUCUACGCUGAGAUCAACUGCAACCCGCAAGUCGGAGACUUCACGGUGUACGCUUCUGUCCAGAGGCCUCCUUCUGUCAAGAAGAAGAAAAUCAACCCGUCCUUCAUCUCGACCAUCUACACGGAGGUUCAAGAAGCCCCUUCCAGACCCAGGCAGCCUCAAAAGCAGCGCUCAUCUUCACCUAAUCCUGGGCAUCUGUAUUCCUAGCUUCCGCAGCCCCUCGCAGCAGGACACUACCUUCCUUUCUUUAAAGGCCUUUUCCCCGUGGAGCGACUCCUUGCUGAUGGACAGACCUCCACCUGUGCAGAUAAGCACAGCUAUGAUCUGACCUGCUUGGAUGUACAAGACUUGGGGUUCUUCCUCCUUGUGCUCAGGGCGGAAAUAACACAAUAACAGCGUCUUCAUUCAUAUCAUGCAGUCCCAGGCCAAACCGUGAAGGCUCAUUGAAAACAAAUACACAGAAGGAGCAGAGAACAGAUACCUGAACUUGUCUUUCAUUGGGAAAGGUUGUUUGAGAAGGUUUGAUGUGGAAAGAUGGUUGGUUUGGGGGUAUUUUUUUGUUAAUUUCAACUGGUUCAACACUCCUGUGCAGUUUGCAUGCAGGGAUGUGUAGAGAUUUAACUGCA